CCGAGAUGCGCUUCUGUGUGGACCAUGGGUACCCAUAUGUUUGGUCAUUCAAUAGGCGUACUUUGAUACGAGAUGUGGACGCGCCAGAGGGGCUUGAGUAUAGGCAGUUGGCAGAACUUGGCGCUACGCCUUUCCAUGACCUCUACGCCAGUCACAUGCGCAACGACAAAAUAACUAUUUUGGCCGCCAUUGUUUCCAAACUUCCACGCACCUUUGUGUUCAGCAACGGCAAACAGAGACUUGCCUGGGACGUUGUUCUUGUCAAUGAAGAGUGCAUACUUAUACCGUUUACAUUAUGGGAGGAGUUCGUUGAACAGCAUGUGGUUGAAAUCGACAGACUUCUACAUGGUGGUGAUCACCCACUUGUUCUCAUCAAUAGGGUGGCUAACAACCUUUUUCAAGGGCUUACUCUUGCUACCCGAUAUGAUUGCCAUAUGGAACUGAACCCUGGUGGCCAACGAGCGCACAGUUUAAAAAGAUGGGUUGCCAGCAAUAUCGAAAAAAUUAACAUGAUGGUUCGGAGUAAAGAGUAUGAUAAUGCAUUUUUGUUGAUUGCACAACCUCUCUCACAACCGCGCACAACCCUCUCAUGCCUGGACGCAGAACUGGAUAAGGUCCCUGUUGUGUGGGUGCUGGGGAGAUUUAGCUUGGCUAAUACUACUGAUGAAUGUUUCUA